AUGCUGAAUUUUGUUCGAGCGCAAGAACCAUCGCGCACCGUCGAAGAUUUCAUCCAUUCCAGAAACCGGGAACAUGUUGGAACACCAUUUGUCGGAUCAUCGGAAUCCCAGGCAUUUUACGAUCAAACCGAAACGGAUCUCACAGUGCGGAAGUCCCCUUACCGUUCCGCAAAAGCUUCAGUAAAGACAUCAUCUGCGCAGCGUUUACGCAAAGGCAACGUGCUCGAAGCAGCUCCAAAGAACGUUACAAUUGACAGCUUCCUAAGAGCAGCAGCGGACUGCAAUCUGCAACAGCUGACGGUGUGUAUCGCGCACGGAUUCCCUGUUGAUUCCGUCGAUAUGUUCGGAUGGACAGCGCUGAUGUGCGCCGCACAAAAAGGCCAUUUUGAUGCUGUACGACUUCUAAUAAAUUCCGGAGCGUCGCACACUCUCCAGAAUAAAAAACACCAAACCGCGGCCGACUUAGCGGAAUUAUCCCGCCAUCCGCAGAUCGCCGCCUAUCUGGUGGAAUUUCAAAAUUACGAAGCCGUUGAUAAGGAGUCGACGACCGAAGACUCCGUCGACCUGCAGCCGUUCUACUGUGAUACGUGCGCGGUGACAUUCUAUUCCACCUCUCCACGAGAUCAUCAGUCGUCGACCAUCCACCAACUGAGCAGCGGAUUCACGGGGCCGUCGCGACCAUGCUUCGCUAUGUCCCAGUCCAAUGUGGGAUUCCGACUGAUGAAGAAGAUCGGCUGGGACGAGAGUAAGGGAUUAGGCGCAGAGGAGGAUGGCCGCUGGUAUCCGGUGCGGACUAUCUUCAAGCAGGAUAAGAAAGGUCUGGGCAGCGGACGCUAUGUGGCUCAAGUGACGCAUUAUCCGCACCUCCUGCAGAAGAAGGCGGUCACGCCUGCGACUGCGACGACAACGAAGAGGGAGAUGCAGAAAGAUAUCCGCAGACGGAAGAGAAAGGAGAUUAACUUGCGCAGAUCGUUGCAGGGUUUGUGACGUUUAACUUUGAAAGACUGUAAAUGAGAGUUUUAAAUGUUGUGUGCAUAGCUAUAUAAUGACUAUUAGCGUUAUAGAUAAUUGUAUGUCAUAUUGGCAGUUUUCGUGUUAGCUUUGCUAUCUCUUCUACAAUGCUACAUCCGAAUUUCCCCCCUUGACAAACAAGAAGUCAUGGUGUUUGUGCGUAAAUUGGCUUUGUCCGCUCCCUUCGUUUUCCUCCAACAUUUCGCUAGUAUUUCCACUUGUAAACGUGUGAGCGGCAAGCAGAAUACUUUACUUUGACUGAGGUGAAAAGUAAAAUUACGU